AUAUUAUAACUUUUUGAUCACCUUGAUUGAAUGACUCAUAUCAUCCUUAAUUGAGUGAGUCAGGUCAUUUACCCAAUUGUAAGAUGAGGGAUGAUAUAAGUAAGCAGAAAUAAAAAGUGGGGAAAAAUGGACCUGAGAUGUCCGACGUAAACGGAAAGCGGUCAGGUAUUGAUUUAACGGUGCACAACAUGCAAUAGUAACUGAAACUUGCAAAUACUUACAUCUCACUAUCAAAUAUUCAUCACACUAUUGCUAAUAAUAGCAAUGAAUAAAGAUUAUGUUUUCUGAAUAAGAAGCUGCACAAUUUAAUUUUUGCCUUCACAGGUUCUUUUCUGUUUCUCCUUUUCCUUCACAAUAUCAGUUGUUUUUUUAAAAUUAUUUGAAAAUCUAUUUGUUAUUUAGGUGUAUUCCUUCAUGGUAUAUAUCCUAGAUUUUUUGUUCUUGAUUUCCAUAUUUGCAUGCAAUUGGUACGAUUAAUUGUGUCACUAUCUCAUUUAAAAGAUUAUAUUGUUAGCAGAACGACAACCCUUGGGCCUAUAUUAUUAUAUUUAGUUUAGGAGUGAGGGUGAAACUCCAACGCUUGACCUUGCUCUGGUACCAUGUUAUUUUGUGACCAUCUCAUGAUAUAAGUGGAGAUUCUUUGAGUCUCAACUUUGAAGGGUAAGAUUAAUAUUGACAUUAUUGUAUAUUGGGUGUUGAAAUUAGUUAUUUUAAUUGCAAUUUGAUUAUUAUAGUACAAAAUUCAUUAAUUAUGUACAUUUGACAUUUAUUAAUUUACCAUAAGUUGUAAGCUUCGCUUCAAUGAAGUACACUUCAUUUCUUGCUUUUCGCUUCAAGACUAAACUUACUACCUUGGGGUAGUUUGGUAGCUGGUAUGGAUGGGUGUUAUGCAGGUAUUGAAUCUUGCAUAAAUAAUAUCACGUUUGGUAACUGGUUAGGAGGUAAGCUAUUCAUGUAUAAAAUUAAUACGGUGUUUGGUUUGUAAUUAGAAAUCCGUAUAACUAUAAUACAUGUAUAAGUUACAAGGGAAUCUGUGUAUUAUUCUAUGCAGGACAGAAGGUGGAAUAAAUAAUACAUGAAUAACAUUCAUAACUAACCAGCUACCAAACGACCGCUUAGUCUAUAAGUGAAUACAACAAUUUCUUGCUUUUCGCUUCAUUCCAGUGAUGGUCUAAACAUUGAUGACAGAUUGCAGUGAGAUAUCUUCCGAAUUGAAUGUUGAGCACUAAUUUACUAUCAUGAACUCUAUCCUGGAUCGCGUAGCCAAAGAUUAUGGUAGACGGAACAGCUCAAGUGUGUAUAGUAGUGGGGAUGUCUUUGAGCCUUUGUCAAGUAGUAACGCUAAGCAACGGGCAAAAUUGGUAGAAUGGUUUAAUAGUGUUCUUCCUCACUUGAGUUUGCCAAUAAAUGCUUCUGAUGAGGAUUUACGAGCAUUGUUGAUUGAUGGUUCUAUCUUAUGCCAAUUAUUGAAUAAGUUGAAACCAGGUUCAGUACCUGAGUGUGGUGGUACAGUACACUCUCCAGAGCUACGUUCAGAAAAUAUUAGAAGGUUUUUGUCUGCUAUGGUUGAAAUGGGCUUGCCCAGGUUCCACGCAUCAGACUUGGAACAGGGUUCCAUGAAAAUAGUACUGGAAAGCCUUUUAACACUUCGGGAAGAAUUUAAGCUGAAUGAUGGAGGAUACAAUUCAAGCACAGUAUUAUCCAGUAAAUAUGGAGCUGAUGCAAGCAGAAGAUGGAAAUUGUUGGGUGAAAAUUUGGGAUGUGGUGAUUUUUCAUACAUAGAAGAAUUUUCAUCAAGAACUCACUCUACCUCAUCCCUAGGAGAACGGAUGAAGACAGGAUCAGAUUCAAAAUUCCAGCGUGCGUUGAGAAGUCCUGUAGUGACAGAGCCAUCGGCCGCGUUAAUACAUCACGUUGGACAUAAGUUCCAUGAAGUAUUUCAGCUUAAACAAGGGAGCUACACUGAAAUUCCUGCUGCAAGGAUUUCGGAAAUGAUGAGAUCUAACAGUUUGGAUAUUGCCCCAACGCAGUCACUUCUAAGUGUUGUAAAUGGGAUUCUUGAUGAAAGCGUUGAGCGGAAGAAUGGAGAGAUACCUCAACGUGUAGCGUGCCUAUUGAGAAAAGUGGUGCAAGAAAUUGAGCGGCGGAUAUCUACUCAAGCUGAACAUCUUAGAACGCAAAGCAAUCUAUUCAAGUCUCGUGAAGAGAAAUACCAGUCAAGGAUCAGAAUCAUGGAAGUCCUUGCAACUGGAACUAGUGAAGAGACACAGAUUGUCAUGAACCAGCUUCAUCAGAUUAAGAAUGAGAAGAACAAAGCGGAAGAGAAGAAGAAAAUUGAGGAGCAGGAUGUGCCUAGAUUGAAAGAGAAGGACGAUCAAAUUGCCGCAUUGAAGCAAGAACUGGAAAUGGCUAAGAAGUCCUAUGAAUCGAAAGAGAACGAAGAUCAUGGACAAAAUAUCACAGCUUUGAAGAAAGAGCUGGAAAUAGUUAAGAAAUCAUAUGAAUCGAAAGAGAAGGAAGAUAAUAAAGAAAUUAUAGCUUUGAAGCAAGAAAUGGAAAUAGUUAAGAAAUCGUAUGAAUCGAAAGAGAACGAAGAUAAUAAAGAAAUCACAGCUUUGAAGAAAGAAAUGGAAAUAGUUAAGAAAUCGUAUGAAUUGAAAGGGCAGGAAGCUUUGAAGCAAGAACUGGAAAUAGUUAAGAAAUCGUAUGAAUUGAAAGGGCAGGAAGCUUUGAAGCAAGAACUGGAAAUAGUUAAGAAAUCGUAUGAAUUGAAAGGGCAGGAAGCUUUGAAGCAAGAACUGGAAAUAGUUAAGAAAUCGUAUGAAUUGAAAGGGCAGGAAGCUUUGAAGCAAGAACUGGAAAUAGUUAAGAAAUCGUAUGAAUUGAAAGGGCAGGAAGCUUUGAAGCAAGAACUGGAAAUAGUUAAGAAAUCGUAUGAAUCGAAAGAGAACGAAGAUAAUAAAGAAAUCACAGCUUUGAAGAAAGAAAUGGAAAUAGUUAAGAAAUCGUAUGAAUUGAAAGGGCAGGAAGCUUUGAAGCAAGAACUGGAAAUAGUUAAGAAAUCGUAUGAAUUGAAAGGGCAGGAAGCUUUGAAGCAAGAACUGGAAAUAGUUAAGAAAUCGUAUGAAUUGAAAGGGCAGGAAGCUUUGAAGCAAGAACUGGAAAUAGUUAAGAAAUCGUAUGAAUUGAAAGGGCAGGAAGCUUUGAAGCAAGAACUGGAAAUAGUUAAGAAAUCGUAUGAAUUGAAAGGGCAGGAAGCUUUGAAGCAAGAACUGGAAAUAGUUAAGAAAUCGUAUGAAUUGAAAGGGCAGGAAGCUUUGAAGCAAGAACUGGAAAUAGUUAAGAAAUCGUAUGAAUUGAAAGGGCAGGAAGCUUUGAAGCAAGAACUGGAAAUAGUUAAGAAAUCGUAUGAAUUGAAAGGGCAGGAAGCUUUGAAGCAAGAACUGGAAAUAGUUAAGAAAUCGUAUGAAUUGAAAGGGCAGGAAGCUUUGAAGCAAGAACUGGAAAUAGUUAAGAAAUCGUAUGAAUCGAAAGAAAAGGAAGAGCAUAGACAAGAAAUUGCAGCUUUGAAGCAAGAACUAGAAACAGUUAAGAACUCGUAUGAAUCGAACGAGAAGGAAGAUCAUAGGCGAGAAAUCGCAGAUUUGAAGCAAGAAAUGGAAAUAGCUAAAAAAUUGUAUGAACAACACACCCUAGAAAUGAAAGAAAAGGCUACAGAAGCUCAACAAGAACUUGAGGAGAAGUUGAAGGAGGCCAUGAGCCUUUUGACAGAAUCAAGAAAUAGGAUAAAGGAACUUGAGACAUUUGCUCAAUCAAACUCUCACAGUUGGAAGAAGAAGGAGCAUAUUUACCAAAUAUUUACAGACUUCCAGCUGGGUGCACUGCGUGAACUGAAGUUUUCUUCUCAGUCAAUAAGGCAAGAAGUGGUGAAAACUCAGCAGAGCUACGUGGAGGAAUUCAAUCAACUAGGUGCAAAAGUUAGAGCACUUGGACAUGCAGCUGCAAACUACUCUGCACUCCUUGCUGAGAAUCGCAAACUGCACAAUGAGGUGCAGGAGCUAAAAGGAAAUAUCAGAGUAUAUUGUCGAAUUAGGCCAUUCUUUCGUGGACAAAAGGAAAAGCAAUCAGUUGUUGAAUACAUUGGAGAAAAUGGGGAGCUGAUUAUUGUAAAUCCUUCCAAACAAGGAAAGGAAGGCCGCAGGUCUUUCAAGUUUAAUAAGGUCUACAAUCCAGCUGCAACACAAGCUGAUGUAUAUUCAGAUAUUCAGCCAUUAAUACAGUCCGUGCUUGAUGGAUAUAAUGUGUGUAUAUUUGCCUAUGGUCAGACUGGAUCAGGGAAAACAUACACAAUGACUGGCCCAGACAAAGCGACCGAGGAGAAUUGGGGUGUCAAUUAUCGAGCUUUAAAUGAUAUUUUCAGAAUUUCUCAAAUGAGAGUGAACACCUUCACAUAUGAAAUUACAGUUCAAAUGAUGGAAAUAUAUAAUGAACAAGUUCGUGACUUACUCUCAAGUGAUGGUUCACCAAGGAAACUUGGGAUAGUGUCCGCCCCCCAGCCUAAUGGAUUAGCUGUUCCAGAAGCAAGCAUGCAUACAGUAAACAAGACCUCUGAUGUCUUAAAUUUGAUGGAUAUUGGAUUAAGAAAUCGAGCAAGAGGUUCCACUGCAAUGAAUGAAAGAAGUAGUCGGUCGCACAGUGUUGUCACUAUUCAUGUUCGUGGGAUGGAUAUUAAGAGUGGUUCAUCCAUGUGUAGUAGUCUUCAUUUGGUGGACCUUGCUGGAAGUGAAAGAGUCGACCGCUCUGAGGUGACUGGCGAUAGACUGAAAGAGGCACAGCAUAUAAAUAAGUCAUUAUCUGCCCUAGGAGAUGUCAUUUAUGCUUUGGCACAAAAGAAUGCCCAUGUCCCAUUCAGAAACAGCAAGCUGACUCAAGUCCUUCAGACUUCAUUAGGUGGUCAAGCAAAGACACUUAUGUUUGUACAGCUUAAUCCUGAAGUUGGUUCACAUUCAGAAACCACGAGCACAUUAAAAUUUGCUGAAAGAGCAUCUGGAGUAGAGCUAGGUGCUGCUCGAAGUAGUAAAGAGGGCAGGGAUGUAAGAGAUUUAAUGGAGCAGGUUGGAUCUCUCAAGGAAACGAUAUCUCAGAAAGACAAUGAGAUUGAGAAACUGCAGCUGAUCAAAGAUAAAAAAUAUGCUAAUACUGGAGCCGCCAGCGAGACAAAUAGUACUGAUUAGGAAUCUGUGUUGAAAGCAAUCUUUUCCCUGAAAGGAGCCAAAAAAAAAGCAGUGGACACAGAUAAAUAACUGAACAAUAUUGAGUUAAGAGUUUCAUUGGGUGGGAGUAGAGGAUCUUGCAGUUAAAUUAUUAUUGAUAGGUUUCUUGUUUUUCUACUAGUGAGUAAAGCUUGUAUGAAAUUUGUAACAUUCAAGUGUUGUAUUACUAGCCAUUCAUCUUGGGGUUAUGAUUUUGAAUUAACAAAGAUACGAAGUGUCGUUUGAUAGGAUGUAUAAGAAUAAUGUUGAAUAAGGUGUAUUAGUAAUAAUGUUAGUAUUAGUUAUCCAAA